CUUGUGGGGGUUUGUAGUUUGAGUAAGUUAAUUAGUUAACUGUCACUUCUUUCCUAUCCUUCCUUUAAUUCCUCUUGUUGUUAUUUGAUUACUUUCCGAUCAUGACGAUCUCCGGCCGUCCGACAAGUGUGAAUGGGGUGGUCAAUGGGAAUGAGGCCAUCAAUGACAUCCCUUAUGGAACCACCGAAAUUGUUCUUGUUCGCCAUGGAGAAACCACUUGGAAUUCAAUUGGAAGGAUUCAGGGAGCACUUGAAUCACCCUUGAACGAUGUGGGACGAAAGCAGGCUGUUGCAAUAGCUGAGAGAUUGGCAAAUGAAUUGAAACCGACUGCUAUCUAUUCAUCUGAUCUCAAACGUGCCAAAGACACUGCUGACAUGAUUGCCAAAAAGUGUUAUUGCCCUAAGGUUAUAGUGGUGCCAGAGCUCAAGGAGAGACAUGUAGGGAGCUUGCAAGGGUUGUAUUGGAAAGAAGGAGAGGAGAAGGAGCCUGAAGCCUAUCGUGCUUUUUUCUCCACUCAAGAUGAUCUUGAAAUUCCUGGAGGUGGAGAGAGUUUUAACCAGCUCCAAGAGAGAUCAAUGGAUGCUAUUGAGAAAAUUGCAUCAAUGCACAAGGGUGAGCGAGUGAUCGUGGUUAGUCAUGGAGGGGUGCUGAGGGCGAUUUAUCUGUACAUCACAAAAGCAGCUGUUGCUGGAAAACUUUUGAAUGCGUCGGUGAAUGUGCUUCAUUUCUCUAACGGGGAUUGGGAUAUCAAGUCGUGGAGCGAUGUGAGUCAUCUCAAGGGUGUUGGAUUUCUUGAGCGCGGAUUCAAUGGAGACUCAAUCAAUGCAUAAUUCAAUAUGUGAUGUUCAUAUUGGAAUAAUCUUGUUUUCUAUCUAGAUCAAAUAUUGUUGAUGAUAAUAAGUCUCGUUGUUUCAAGACAUAUAGAUGAUAUUAUCCUUAGUUUGGAAUGCUUAAUUAUUAUAUGUUGAGAAAAAGUUUUAUCCUUAAAUGGAGAUUUCAUUGAGUCGAACCAA